GAAGUCAUCAGCGAUCAUUCUGAGAUGGCACUCAACAAGAUCUUUCGUAGCAUGGAAGACCUUCAGUUAUCAGAGGAGGUGACUAAAAGCUGCAAUGAGGUCCAGGCUGCUGGAGAAGCAUCUUUGAUACCAAUGACUCUGCCAGACACACAGUCAACUCCACCACCUACAUAUGCAAUCAUAUUUGAUAAUCUGGACUUCUUCAUCCGCACUCACCACCAGUCCACCAUCCACAAUAAUCAAAGCAUACAUUGGAUACAUCACAUUGCCGUACAAGACAGGAUCCCCACAUACCACCUCAAUAACAAACCGAUUCAAGACCUCUUGGAGUAUAACCUUGGGAAAUCUCUUCCUGGACUUGUAACUCAGACAUACAUGCGACGAGAGUUCAUUGUCAUUGGGAGCAGAAUGUUAACAAAGUACUUCUCAGUGUUGAAACCAUUCUCGGACAUUGUGGUGCAUCACAUUCCCCAUGACUACACUGGUGAAAUGGCACAACGCUCCAUAGAUUACCCCUUGGGACUUCUCUUCAAGGAUGAGAACAAAACUGCGGACCUCAUGGAUGUACUUCGCCACCUUCAGAAUGGUAUGUGCCGAAUGGCCCAGAUGGCAUCUCCAAUCUUUUAGUCGGUGGUGACUGGCUGACAGAGGAGAACUGCCGAAAUAUUCAGUGGGCCUUUGCUGAUGGUGAAACAAAGCAAGACCGACUGGAAGGCAUGGUCUUCAAAUUCGAGGACUGGCAUGCAAUCCGAGUAUUGUU